AUGCUCUCGACGACCUCGCCGGGCGUGGGCGAGGCGCGAGCUGCUGCUGGCGUACAUCGCGGGUGGCGUGCGGUGUGCUGCCGGGGCGAGAGCUACUGCAGCCCCGGCGAGCUGCUGCGGGCGGAGCUCGGGCACGAGUGGCACGGGGCCGGAGCAGCGGGGAGGGGCACGCAGCGUGGGUGGCGUGCGGUGCGCGGCCGGUCGAGAGCUGCUGCAGCCCCGGCGAGGCGCAUGCGACGGGGCGCGAGCGUGGCGUGCGGGAGCUGCGGGGCGGGGCGCGGGGCGAGGCUGCACGGCUGUUGGUUGGAAGCUCGUCGGAUGCAGGUCAGAUACUCGUCGGAUGCUAGGGGCGGCUGCUUGCAUGCAUGUGCUGGUGCGAGCGCGCGACCUGAGCACGGGCGUCGGCGGAGGCGACCUCGCGGGGGCGUGACCGAGUUGCAGGGCGGGCGCGGCGAGCUGUGGGGCGGGGUGGGGCACGCGCGACGGGCCCGGCGAGCUGCGGACGGGAGCUCGCGGGCGAGGCGGUGGAGGUGCCAGGAUCAUGUGGCUGAGCCUCCAUCCGCACGGUCGGUCUCGUACUUGAGCAUCUUGCUCGGCACUACAACACUCAAGGACACUGCCACUUCCUCAUCCUCCCCACAGGCUGUAGCUGAGACGCCGCCACCGAAGCCAACCAUUUAUGUCAACGACCCUCCUGAUUGGUACUUCAGUAUUUACAUCAGGAUCGAUCGUUCAGGAUUUUUCCACACAUAUCCUCAUCUCGGUGGACCAUUCAAGAGCUUAAAGGAAGUUGAAAAGGCUAUUGAGAGCUAUCUUCAUGACAAGCGGCAUAAAACGCUGUGGAACGAGCAAGCUGGGGAUGAAAUCAUUAUAAGAAAGGCUCUUUACUGGCCUGAUGGCAGAACAAGGAAAUGUUCAGACGAGCACGUAGUGGAGUUUACCCGUGAGCAAAUGAGUUUAAUGCUUCAAGCUUUACUGGACAAGUAUAAUGAGGAUCGCAAUCUUGUUGGGGAUCUUGCGUAUGAAUUCAAGGAUUUUUUGCACUAUCAAACAAUUUGUGAAGACUAUAAGUGGUACAAGCAUUUCAAUUUCACGACAAAGACUAAAGAUGGAAUUGAGGAUCUUUUCUUUGCUGAAGUGACAAAGGGAGCAGAUGAUGCAUUAGUGGCCAACUGUUUCUGCAAGAUUGAAUCCAAUGAAAAUGGCCACUGCUAUGGUUGCAUAAAUCAUGGAAUUACUGAUAUGAAGCACCCCAACAAGGCUGAUGCAUACUCCGGUGGUCACUUGAACGUAUAUUUGCCAUUUGGUGGGUGUAGAAGACGUCCUAACACGUGGACAGGCUCUAAGGAAGAUGUGGCAGCUGAGGAAGCUAGGCUGAGAAUUAUUUAUCAUAUAUUUAUGGUGCUAGUUGUUGGAGUUGUGGUGGAAAUAAGCAACCAUUUUUAUUGUUUGUGGUGUGUAUUAGAGUGCUAGUUGUUGGAAUUGUGUUAUGUUUACUUGCACAGCCCAGUGCUCCUUGUUGCUACCCUCACUCUUGUAGAAGUUAUUUAUCAAGUACUGUA